CGUUUGAGGCAAACUAGUUUACCUGUAGCUUGAAAGCAGAGGUGCAGAGGUACCAAAUUAGUAAGAAAGGUGUCCUCCAGAAACGGUGGCAUGUGGAGAAUCGAUCAUGUUCCGUGACGUCGUGUGAAGAGUUGUUCAGUUGUAUAAGAAAUGUGCUGAGGACCAUAUCGUAGCAGAAAGUGUGGUAAAAAACAAUGACCGAGCGAUGGAACCUUACCAGUGCGUUGAGAAGUGGGUUAGGAGCUAGUAACGUGAUCGGUGGCGGAAGUAGCAAUGGAGGCAGCAACGGUAUCGGCAACAACGGAUCGGCAGGCUUUGCUGGUAACAGCAUGGGGGGCGACGGUGGCAGCGGAACCACGACGUUCAGUACAUCCAACGGCGAAUCCGGCAUACUUCGAAAAACUGGCCACUACCAUCUGCACGGCGGCAACCCCGAAAACUUCAGCGAUCUGCUCGUGUUCGGAUACUCGUGCAAGGUCUUCCGUGACGACGAAAGGGCCCGGUUCAUCGAUCAGGGCCGUCAUCUGAUACCGUGGAUGGGCGACAAUCAGUUGAAGAUAGACAGAUAUGAUGCCCGAGGUGCAUUACAUGAACUGGCGUCGUACGAACCGCCGUCGGGUGGUUAUCACGAUCGUCUGGAGGGGCUUACGAGUGCCGAGCAGAAGGCAGAACAGCUCUGCGAAGAGGAACGCUACUACAGCCUGUACAACAACGAGGUGGAGGAAGAGUACUACCAAGAAGAGGCACUAAAGCGACAGGCAAUGUUGGGCAAUCAGGUACCGUUCAACUAUGAUGCUCCACCUCCGCAGGACGGUGCCAUCGUGGCCACGGUUGAAGAUCGCACGGCAAACAGUACUGACGCAGAGCAGGACGAUAAUCCGUACGAGCCACCAAAGAACUUCGAAAUUCCGGCCGACAUUCAGCUGCCGGAGACGAUGAAAGAGCACGCGAUCAUCGAGAAGACGGCCAAAUUUAUCGCCUCCCAGGACGCCCAAAUGGAGAUCCUGCUGAAGACGAAGCAAUCCAACAAUCCACAGUUCGAGUUUCUCACUCAAGGUGCGCGCUUGUUUCGUUACUAUCGGCACGUCUUGCUUGCGUUCCGUACGAACCAGUAUCCGUCCGAAGCGGAGGAACCGCCGGGUGGCGAGAAUGGUGCAGCAGGUGAAGUGGAUGAUGCGGCGGCUGCUCCUCCGACCGAGAUCCGUCCGAAGAUUGUCGUACCGGCAAUCAAGUACAAACCAUCGGUGGAUUGUGCGUACACCCAGUUGAUAAGUAAAAUAACGGGCGCUCCGAUACCGACGAUCGUGGCCGACGAAGAAGUGGACAAUCACGCGGAGGCACCAGUAAGCGCACAGCAGCUUACUUCGCUCAACACCGAGUUCGAUUAUUACCCGGAAAGCUCGACCAACUCGUCCGCUUCGGUCGAGGUGAAAAAGGUGUCCACCGGGUUGGCCGGAUUGGUGCAGUACGAUUCCGAAAGCGGUGGUAGCGACGACGAGUCUCAGGAUGACAGUGACAAAGCGAAAAAUGAUGCUGAAAAGCAGACGAAGAAGGAUACUGGUCCAUUCGAAGGACUUGUACCGCCGGUUACCAUCCAGCACGUGAUUGAUCGGACGGCCAUAUAUGUGGCUAAAAAUGGGUACAGCUUCGAGGAAGCGCUUCGCAUCAAGAAUGACCCACGGUUUGUGUUUCUCAACCGAGCGCACGAGUACUACCCGUACUACGCAUACCUCGUGCGCCAGCGGAUGACGGGUGGUGGAGACGAGCUCACCCGAUCGCAGCCACCACCGUCUUCGGCACCUUCACCACCUUCCCCGACCAAGGUAACGAUCCGGAUGGAAACAGAAAACGGUACGGUGGUGGAAACGACACCAAGCCUCGGGAUAAAAGCGGUCCAUACGGCGGUACCGAAAGUGGUGCCAGUACCGAUCACGAACAUCCAACAUCAGAAACUUGGUGCCCCGGUUAGUUUUUCGCUCGUUGUGCGAAAAGCGAAGGAUGAUGGCGGAUCGGCGAAGGCUAUGCCGGGUUUGGGAGGUAGCGAUGAUGAAGAGGACGCGAACGAUGAAAAAGUGGAAGAGGAUCUGAAAAAGCUUCAACCGGGCGAGGUAAGUGAAUGUCCGACGAGUGACGUACACAUUGAAAGUGGCGUUGCAAGUAAGGACAAUCCACCAUCGAGGGAUGUAACUACGGACGACAUUGCGAGCGAAUUGUUGGACGAAACGGUCGAGGCUUUGGAAAUCAGUUCACUUCCCGUCGUCGCAGAUGUACCUACCGCAACAGAACCGAUCGUUUCGAAGGAAAAGCAAGCGGAACGCAAGAAGCGUGCAAAUAUGUUUAUCAAUCUGAUCAAAAAUCAACCUAAGGGAGCUGGUGGAGAUUCUACCGUCGAUGAAAAGAAGAUACUCGGGGAAGAGAAGUCUGGCGCAGUGGAUGGCGAUAGCAACAGUGAGCCGGAGGAAGGAUCAAUCCAUUCGGUACACUCGACGAGUCCUUCACCAAGGGGAAAUGAGAAAAUGCCCUUCUCAGGACCAACCUCAGGAAGCUGCCCAACGACAACCGUGAUUGACGACGAUGACGAUGAUGCUAAUGAUGACGACGACGACGACGAUGUGGUGCUGGUGAGUGAAACGCGACCCGCUCCGGAGCGAUCGAAAUCGCGACGGUCACGGUCCAGAACCAAACACGACGCGAGCGAGCGAAGGAUGAAGAAGAAAAAAUCGAAAAGUCGCCACCGUUCCGCACGGGGGAAGAAAAAGUCGAAGAAAAAGUCUGCCACCCGAUCGCGCUCGGUUUCUCGCUCGCAAUCCCGGUCGCGCAGUCGCAAACGGCGCAGUCGAAGUCGGCAGGAAGGCAAACGAGCUAGAAGUCGGAGUUCCAGCAGUAGUACCACGGAAAGUCCCAGCAGCCAACGAUCAAAGCGCCGACGAUCAGUAAGUCGACCCAGUAGUCGUACGAAACGGACCACCAAGCGAUCGAAGCGCACAUCCCGCAGCCGUUCGAGAACGCCAGAAGUGAGACGCAGGUCAGUCAAUCGGGAACCAUCGGGGGAGAGGAAACGCCGUAAGGAUAGUCGUCGUUCGCGGGAACCGAGCCAAACGAAGAAACGAAAGCGCCGCUCGCGGAGCCGCUCGUCAAGGAGGAAAAUCGACAGUGAUACAGAAAACCGGCAACAUCGAAAGCAUCGGAGAGGUACAGCGGAUCGGCACGACGGUUACGAGGCACGGUAUCCACCGACCAGAGGGCGAUACUGGGAUUGUUGAAAUGGGACAUAAUUGGGAGAAGAGCGAAUGGACGAUCCGUAUCAACCUCCAAACAACAAUCAUUAGAUCAAACGCUGAUCGCACUGGCUACUGUGACGGCGUUGUCUAUGGAUGCUGUACUUUAAGUGGAAUUGGAACCAAACUGUUUUUGGUUACGAAUGUCAAUAA